CACCCGUCACGGCAUUGCCUUCAUCUAUUAGUUCAAGAAGAAACUCGGGUCGUGCUCAAUCAAAUAAUAAUGGAAACACGGCAUUGACAUCAAGUCAUAGCAUCGAUACUGGGAUGUUACAACAAGAUUUCGCAUUGGUUUCUGUGGAUAUUGUGUUAAGAGGGAGAGUGACUGCUUCUAAAGGCUUGGGAAUAUUGAUGAGUUACUGGCCUAAUGAUUCUUUAGAAACAUCAUUUAAGGAUUUUAUUUUAGCAUAUCUUUCUUCUCCAUGGGCAUCAAAUAAACAAUUGGCGGCGGUCAUCACUGAAGAAUGGUCGCGAUCUACAAUAGUCAACAUUCAGACCCCAUUGACCCAAGUUUCUCCUCUAGUCUCGAUUAUUUCAAGCUUUAUGACUUCGAUAUUAGAGUCUAACCCGCCGAACUUUUAUUCCGAACUUGUUUCUGUUCUCCGACGUAUUCGAGCGGAAUGCCAAGCAAUGCUUAAUACGUUUGUAUCCGUUGGAAAAGUUAGCCCAAAUAACAUUCCACCGUUACCUACUCAAGUUAUUGGAGAAGUAGUCCAAACAGACAAUUCAACCACUUUGUUUAGCGUAGAAGUAGCCGCGGAAAUGUCGGGCAAUGUCUUCAAUAACUUAUUAACUCAAGUAUUAAGUAGAAAUCGUAAAUCUUCAACCGAGGAUGUAGAGAGUCAGCUACAUGAUCGUCAGCGCCGUGUAGUAGCUUCAAUUGGAUAUUAUGAGGCUACGAAACAAAAAAAUGAU